AUGAAGGGCCCAUAUUCGACUGGAACUCAGUCGGAUUUUUACGAUUCCAUGAGAUCGAAAGUUGCCCUGACUGAGGAGAUGAGGUUUGCAUCUGCUGGAAUGCCUAAAACAAGGAUGGGUACAUCUCUGGCCCAGGUUUUGAUUGGCUCCAAGUCAAUUAAAUUUGUAGAUUCAUUGGCCGUUCACCAGACAGUCCAGCUAGACUGCGUGCGUGAAGCUGGGGAGACAAUGGAGGAUUGGUACACUAUCAGCAGAGGGUGGCAGCAGAAUGGCUGGUAA